AAAACUAGCAGUAACUUGUAUAAAUAGGAAGUGCUCUAAAAAUAAAAAAAAAAUAGAAACAUGCGGCCAAAAACAAGUUAAUAACUUAUCAAUAAAUGUACAUGAAGCAGGCAGUUAAGUGUGAUUACCUUAUUUUGAUGAUCGUCCAAUUAUCACUUGUGACAUCUAUUGCUUCUCUUAAUGAAGAUAUUUUAGAUGUACUGCUUUCUGUAGGUAAAAUAGAAGAGACGUUGACAGAGAGCGGAAAACAUAAUCUAGUGGAAGUUAUUCUAAACCAUCUAAACAAAAUUCUAGUAUGUGUAAGCUAUUCCUGCAAGGUAAACAAUGUAUUCAUUAGUCCACAAUUAGAGAAAUAGAUCAUUGUUUUCAUUCAAUGGAGCUCAGUAGUCUAGACUAGGCUAAGGAAUAUUGAUUUCAU